AUGAGCGUCAUCGACAUCCUCUCCCGAGUCGACUCAAUAUGCAAGAAAUACGACAAGUACGACAUCGAGAAGCAGCACGACCUCAACCCUCACGGCGACGAUGCCUUCGCUCGUCUCUACGCUCGCUUCGACGACGAAAUCCAAGCCACUAGCCAGAAAGCCGAGAAGGCUGCGACCGAGACUAAUCGGGCUGUGGCUGUGGCGUCCAAUGUCGAGAUUCGUCGGACCAAAGCUCGAUUGAUGGAGGAAAUUCCUAAGCUGCGCAAAUUGGCUCAGAGAAAGGUUAAAGGGCUGUCCAAAGAAGACCUAGAAACACGCAAUGAUCUGGUUCUUGCACUGCCAGAGAGGAUACAAGAAAUACCAGAUGGGUCAGAAACUGCAGCCACAAAAGCUGGGGGAUGGGUAACUUCAGCAUCUCAUAAAAAUAUCAAAUUCGACUCAUCAGAUGGGAACUUUGACAGUGCUUUUUUCCAGCAAAACGAAGAAUCAAAUCAAUUCAGGACGGAGUAUGAAAUGCGUAAAAUGAAACAAGAUGAAGGUCUAGAUAUCAUAUCAGAAGGAUUGGGAACACUGAAAAAUUUGGCCCAUGAUAUGAAUGAGGAAUUGGAUCGGCAAGUCCCACUAAUUGAUGAAAUAGAUACAAAAGUGGACAAGGUUACAUCGGAAAUAAAGAGUAACAAUGUUAGGCUCAAGGACAAUCUUCACAAGGUGAGGUCGAGCCGAAAUUUCUGCAUUGACAUUAUUUUGUUGUGUGUAAUUCUCGGAAUCGCCUUCUAUAUAUACAAUGCGCUGAGAUGA